CGGAUAACUUGUUGUUUAUAAAAUUCUAUUGUUAAUAAAUUUAAUAAAAUUAAGGCAUUUAAAGCUAAAAGAGCAAAAUUAAACGAGUGAAAGUUAUCGUCCGAGAAUUCCCGCAAAAUGUAAGAUUUAGAAAUAUAAUUUUAAUAUGAAAAAGUGUCUUUUGUGUGCCGAAAUAGAUAAAUAAUAUGAAUCAUGUUCAAAUGAUAAGAAAGAGAUUUGAGGAUUUAAAUUUAAAUAGCGAGAUUGAUUCACUCGUGGAUUUUACACCGCUCCGUGAUAAAGCAAAUAGACCAAGCGAAUUAUUUAAACGAUCAGCAACAUUAAUAGAAUUCAGUUCAUCAAGAAAUCGGGAAUUUCAAACAAGUCCUGAAAUACAGCAAAAGGACAAGCCAUUUAGUUUUCAACGUCAGCAUAGCAAUAAUAGUAAUUCAUCAUAUAAAAGUGUUAGAAGAAGUCAAGCAUUUAGACUAGAUGUAGACAAGCCUAAUUUGGCAAAAUCUGCCUCGCCAACUUCAACAUCAAAGUUGAGAAGACAAAAUGCAAUCAAGUAUAAUUUCAGCCCUAAUAAAACACAAUUUGAAGAGCUACAAUAUCUUUCAAGCUCGGAGACAAUCAAAAAGGCUUUAAAGCAGCCUUUGCCCAAAGGACCUGCGCCUAAAAAACCUCCUCGAACUUUUGCGGAAUCACCAAAAACAUCUCCAAUUAAUGACGAUAAUAACUUGUUAAGUGAUAUAGAAAAACUCACAAAUCAAUUCAAUUCGAAUAGUAUCCAAAUAUCAGUCAAUAACUUUGAUAGAAGAACCAGAACACUUCCGAAAACGAUUGACAAGAAAGACGAUAAGAAAGGCAUUAGCUCUUUCUUGAAUUGCAUAAUUUCACCAUGUUCUAUUGACCCAAUUUACUAUGAACAGAUAAAGCAUGAAAGGAAACUGAAUUCUAUGGAGAAUGAAGAUAUUUACAUGGAACCUUAUGAGCAUUUACAGCAUAUGAAAAAUUCUACAGAUCCGAAUAAUAAGACUGAACUUCAUUAUUUGUGUACUAAUUUAAUUGAUGAUCAGACUAACAAUAAUACGUCGAUCAGCCCUAUUGAUAUUGAUAGAAGCUUUCUAGAUAGUAAUAAAGACUCAUCUGAUAUAGAAAGCUAUGAGAAGAUUAAUAUACUCAUGGAUGUUGCCUAUGAUGAAAAGCAUCGUGAUGUAAUAAUCGAUGAAAGUUCGGGCUCAUCGGAUUUGGAUUCAAGGAAGUCUCCGAUACCAAAGGUUACACGGUCAUUAACUGAAAAGCGAAAAAAUUAUGUACGUCGAAUGACUGAAACAGUCAGCUCGAAAGAUCUAAAUUCCUCGAAAUCAAACAAUGUAGCCCCAUCAGCGUCAUCAAUUAUUUCGCAAUUUCAAAGAAUUAUCGAUUGCCAUGACGGUGGAGAGCAUUCAAUAAAGAAAAAGAUAGAUGAUAAUGUGUUAUUCAAAAUGCUAUUACUCGUUGGAUUUGACAUGUUGAACCAGAAAGGAUAUAUAAAAUCAACAUAUCCAAAAAAUGAAAAGGCACUUCCAAUGCUCGAACAAUUUAUAUACCCAAGCUGCAAAUAUGCUAGUGACUUAAUGACAAAAGAGAAUCAAAAUUUUACAUUGAUUCUAACGGACAUAAAUGGAAAUAACUUGUUUGGAUAUUGCCGACAAAUUAUUGCUGAAGGAUUUGAAGAAAAAUGCUUGCCAUUAACCUACUGCAUUAUAACAAAGUACAAUGCGUCUGGAUUCUAUUUUAAUCUACUAAAAGAGAUUGAAUCAAGACAUGGCUAUCCUGAAGCACAAUUUUCAUACAUGAUGCGAUCGCUUCAAAAUCAAGAGCUUCCCAAAAAUGGAAAAAUUCUUCAUGUUAAAUUGUUUGAAUCGUCUCACUUGAGAAAAUUACCGGAAAUAGCGAAAAAACCAGAAGCAAUUCAAAAGUCAUCGCACAAAUAUCUCGCAAAAAGACUUAGUUUGGAGUCUCCUGAUUGGCUACGGUCUGAAACAUCGACAUUAUUGCAUAAGAGUCACGAGGGAAUUGUUCGAAGUAAAACAGAAAGCAUCAAAAAGUCCGAUGAGAUCAUUAUUAAGCGUAGUAAUGAUGUUAGACUGGAAAAUCAGGAGUUAUCUGUCCUAUACGAGAGUCUAACAAAUGAGCUUUUAGUCAUGAUUUUUGGAACUUUAUUAAUAGAAAGGAAAGUUAUUUUUCUGGGCAAUAAUAUCACUCAAAUAACAUCCUGUAUAUCAGCUCUCUACUCUCUGCUGUAUCCGUUUCAAUGGCAUCAUAUUAUCAUAACAAUCAUUCCCGAUCAAUUAACGGACCUUUUACAAGCUCCAUUUCCAUUUUUUGCUGGAGUCUUGAAGAAUUCGAUUAGUAUAGAUCAUUUAGAAAUUGAGGAUGGAAUUGUUGUUGAUUUAGAGGUAAAAAGUUUAAUAAGGAAGUGUGGAGAUGAAGCGACAUUAAUUCCUGAAACUCUGAGAAAAAGUAUGCUGCUAUCGUUGAAAAUUGUAGAUGCUAUUGACAAAGGCAAGAAAUUAAAGAACGUAUUGAUAGCAGAAGCAUUUCUGCAGUAUUUCAUUAAACUUUUUGCAAAAUUAGAUUCGGAUUCAUACAGCAAGUCUAUGUUCAUUCAAUCGCAUAAUGAUCAAGCCAUACGAUAUUUUCUUGAGUACUUCCUAGAUACGAUUAUGUUUAAGGAGUUUUUAUCUAAGAAGCAGAAUGAUGAAAAGUUGCGUGAAAAAGGACAAUCCAGUGAAAGUUAUUUUGAACUUUUUAAUAUUAAGAUUUUAGAGAAGUCAGCAACAUUAAGUGAUAACCAGCAGAAAAAGAAUAUUGCGAUGCUAAUGAAAUCAACUAAGCAGAAAAAACGAAAUUUUAAAGAUAAGAUCAAAGACUUUUUAAAAUCAUAAGGUUUCUUAUGAGAAAAAUUAUUCUUCCGAUAUUAAUUAUUUUUACAAAAAAUCAGCUCUAUUCUAUUUUUUUUAAUCUUCCGUCCGUUCGUAGAAAUA